CACGUGUAUCAUUCUUGCCGUUGAACAUUAUUUAUACUUAAAUGUGCCUAAAUGUAUUGUAAGAACUGUGGAGGAUGAAGCUCAAUCCUGGUCUUAAUACAGAGUCACCCACACAGUCCUCUAAACGCUUUGUGUGAUACAGUAGGCCAAUUGCGUCUUGUAUUUCCCCCCCUGUUGGAUUAGAACUGAUGAUGAUUCAUACACAUCACAGCAGAAGGCGGAUAAAUGAAUGAUGCACACUGUGAUUUCCUGGAGAAGUCGGCCAGAAUCACGCCGGUAUAUACGAUAUGAGAAUCCCUGUAUCGUCCUUCUAGGAAACGCAAUUUGCUACGUAAUAUCCGGUCUCAUUCUAUUGGUUGUAGGGGUCAUCAUUACGUCACUUACAUUUCAAAAUCUGGAACGCUACGAACAUGAAAAAACCGAAAGAUAUGCUGGUCCCAUACUGAUCGUUGUAGGGAUAUUAAUACUUGCCCGAGGAGCUUUCACACAAAUCAAGGCUAAAAGAGCUAAUAAUCAACAGCGUUUUGUCAUCAGGAGUUACACGGGUGAACUUCUUACCCGCCCUAUAAUGGAGUAUAGCAGCAAUUCUUUGACAAUGUGCAGUGUCAGCAUCGCCGAGGCACAUGAAUACCCAAGGAUAUCCAUUUAUGAUGACGAACCACCCUCUUACCACACUGUAAUUAAUAACCAGCGUCAUGUGAUACAGACACGUGACGAAUCUACCCAAUCACCAGAGGAUUAUGCAGACCCACCACCCACGUAUGAGGAGUUCAUUCGGCAUGCAACGGACACAACUGACUCCUCCUCCGAGUCAAACAGUCUUCCAGAGAUUGCCGAGCAGAGCAAAGGCGGUCAUUAGAAAUCACCAGGAGAUUAAGAACUCUAUGCAAGAUUCUAUCAUCAUCGUCUGCCAAUAUGUUUGUAUAUAUAUAUUGAUCUCUGCAUAAUGGGGUUUUUGUAUAGAAAUAUACGUAGAAAUGAUUUAUGAAUACUUUUUUAAAUUUGAUACCCAAUAGUUUAAUAUACAAAAGCUUGAUUUUUGUAUAAGACAUAGAUACUAGGAUUUUGCAGGUGUGAAUGUGGUUUAGUUGUUUAAUGUUUCAAUAUAAAGGAUUAUAACAGAACACAACGAUUCAUGAUAAUAAAGUUUUCCAAUAAU